AUGGCAAAUAAUCCACUAAAUACGCUACAAUUCUCGCGAUUAUCUGGCUUACCUCCACAAGAUCAUUCACAACCAUUGCUUCCAACCACAAUCUCUUCUUUAACCCACCAACCAAUUCUUACCCCAGUAUCAACUAAUCAGAAUCAUGUUUCAUCAGAGACGCUUCCUUCAGACUCUCGACGAGUUCUUAAUCCAACAGAAAUUCCUCUUUUAACACUUCAACAAGUCCUAACUCUAGUGACACCGGCGCUAACUCCUAUAACUCCGCUACAUAUUACUUCAACAACGACUCCUUUAAUCCCCCAGCAAGAUUUUGCUCUAGUAGCAUCAUCAGAAACUCCACCAAUUACUCGACAACUUUUUGUUUCAGUUGAUACUUUUCAACAGGGUCCUGGAAUGGAGACAAUUUCUCCACGAGUCACUGCUCCACAAGAACCAGAAACAACUCAUUUAGAUUUCCAAUCUAAUCAAUUCGGCUUUUAUAAUGAAAAUACAUUCCCAUUCAAUUUAGAAGAAUCUGCAACAACCCGUUUAAAUCAAUUCGAUUUUUAUAAUGGGAAUACGCUAUUGUUUAAUUUAGAAGAAUCAGCAAUAAUUCAUUCAGAUUCACAACAAAAUCAAUUCGAUUUUUACAAUGGUAGUACAUUUCCAUUUGAUUUAGAAGACUCAACAGAAAUCAAUUUAGAUUUACAACAGGAUCAAUUUGAUUUUUAUAAUGGUAAUACAUUUUCAUUUGAUUUAGAAGACUCAAUAGCAAUGGAUUUGGAUUUACAACAGGAUCAAUUCGAUUUUUAUAAUGGAAAUACUUCUCUAUUUAGUUAG